CCCAUCGAAGACGCCGUAGCCCCUCGCUUUAACUGUGAGGCGGCCCCGGGCGGAAGUGAUGGUACCGGAGCCGCGGGAUUCAAAUUCCCGGAAGCGGCACUGCGCUGGGGCCGGCUGCAGCGGCAGCCGCUGCUGGAUGCUUGAAGAUGAAUUCCAAGACCGCCAAAGGUAUAAUCGCUGGCAAGUGGGGCCUAAAGUCGGGUAGCUCCAGAGCAGAGAGCGACCGCGAGAAGUACAAGCAGGAGAAUGCAGCCCUGAGAAAGUCCUUGGAGGAAGCGGAGAAAGGGAAAAGCAAAAAGACAGACCCGGAGAGGAACGGGCUCCUGGAGAAAAUACUUUCCCUUGAAAAAGAGAAAGAAAAACACAACCAUCUUCUUGGAGAGAAGGACAAAGAAAUCCAAAACCUGAAAGACAAACUUAGAUCCAAAACCAAGAAUAGUGAAGUCUCCUUGUUACAAAGUCAACUAGAGGAAAAAACAAAGGAAGCAGAAACAAGAGAACAGUUAUUUUCUUCUCUGUCGGAAGAAAUGAACUGUUUAAAAUGUAAUUUAUCCACUGUUACUGCAAAAUGUUCUGAGCUUGAAAACAGAGCUGGUACUUCUCAGGCAUUCCAGGAAGCUGUAACAAACAGCACUGGAUCACCAACUAAUCUGUAUGAAGUUGAAAAACAACUGAAAGACGCUCUUGAGAAAAACCAACAGUGGCUACUCUAUGACCAGCAACGUGAAGCAUAUGUCAGGGGACUGCUUGGAAGGAUCUUUGAACUUGAACAGAAGUCAGAAAUAGUUAGUCAACAAGAAUCUAAAGAAUUCAAAUCAGAAGGUCAUCUACAAGAGGAAAAGCAAAAAUAUUAUGACCAGCUGUUGUUAACUGCUAAGAGUGAUCUUGAGACUGAAAGACACACUGUAACCCAGCUGAGAUCUGAACUUAACGAAUUCAAAAAGAAGUAUGAAGAAACACAACAAGAAAUAAUGAGUUUAAAUGCCUUAUUGCAGUCACAACAGGUUGCUGAAAUGAAGACCCUAGAAAAUGAAAAUAAAAUUAAAGAAGAGAAAGUGCAGAGACUAAAACAAGAAAACGAAAUUAUUAAAGGACAGCUCAGAGAAGAAAAGAAGAAGUCUGAAGAUCUUUUAUGUCAGGUGCAACUUCUUCGUAAAUCAUUGCUCAAACAGCAGGAGGAACACACUAGGAUAGCUUUAUUGGAAAAACAGAUCCAGAUAUGCACCAUAGACUUUGAGAAUGAAAAGCUUGAUCGCCAGAACUUGCAGCAUCAGUUAAACAAAGUCCUCAAGGAACUGCGCAAGGCCAGGGAGCAAAUAACCCGUCUGGAACCUCUGAAACUCCAUGAAUCUGGACAUCUGGAACCACAAGAAGAUUUGCAAGCUGUGUUUGAAGAAAAGCUGACCAUGUAUGACAGAAGCCCUUCCCUGAAACAUUCAAGCCUUCUUGAUGAAAGUUUUCUUGAGUGUCCCAGAUGUAAAGUGCAGUAUCCAACAAGCCAGCAUAGAGAACUACUAGCACAUAUUGACUUUUGUACGGCUUGAACUCCAAAUGGACUUACUGUAUUUGCUUUACAUGCACUGCCAGCAUGCUCUUCUACAAAGCCAAAAGAUGUCUUUAAAGCUUUUUUCUGAAGACUGUAUAAAGGACUACUAUUCUAUAAUUCAGUUCCACAAAAACAUUAUAGUAACUUAUUUGGCCUCAAAUAUUUUAACAGAGGUUUCUUCAAAAAAACCCAGCUACUACAUUUUUGGUUGCAAAUAGAACUAUUUUUAGAAUUAGGAAUAUCUUAAAAUAGUAAACUACUGACUUAUUUUUUUGCACUGUUAAAAAUGAGAACAGUAGAAGCACACCCAUUGUGUCAGACAUUAUUUUAAUGUUCGGCAUAUCCAGUUCUCGGUUGGUGAAUCCUGAUGAUUGUGCUUGUACCUUAACUGACAGUAAUGAGCCAAAAAUCUUCUGCAGCUCAGUAGGUGCACUGUAUAUUUAUAUAUACAUGGGGUGUGUCUAUAUGUAUAGUGUAUAUAUACAGGUAUUACAUGUAUCAUAUACUUGUGCAACAUAUCACCAUCUUGAUACAUUAAAAACUCAGGAGGGUCAUGUUAAGAGGUCUUUGCUGCUUCAGAUUCAUGUUGAAAACAUCAAUCAUAAGUAGCUUGUUUUCCUGAACCACAGUCAUGGGUGACUUAGAGCUCAUAAAAAUGCUGACCAAGGUUUAAGCUCUUCUCAAAAAAAAAAAAAAUGUCAUUGGGAAACAAACUUCCUAGCAAAUACAAACUUCCUUGGAACUGAAAAAAGUAGAAUUAUGCUGAAGUAAACUUGUUUGCACUUCUGUAUUUUAGAGGUUAAAGUUGGGAAAUAUCAUUAUUCAAUCUGUUACACUUGACAAAUGUCCCAGUUUAAAAGUGCAGUUUUUAAUAAAUUGCUCUAGCGGAUUUGAAGUGCCAUUGUAUUUUGGUAUUAAUACAGAAAACAGGUUAGCAAUAAAUUCCUGCAACAAAUUAGAAACUGGCAAAAAAUUCCCUUACGGAUUUGCAAUCACAGCAUUAUUUUUUUUCUAGUGCCUACUGUAAACCUGAAUCUGUUGCUUGCA